CAAAAAAAGGACAGAGGGAGUACUAGUAUUGUGGAGUUGAGAAGAAGCCCAUAUCUCUCUCUCUCUCUCUCCUUUUACACACUCCCAUGUAACCAUUGCUCCCGAUUUGCCGGCUGCCAAACGCUAGCUAGAGUCAUCAUGUCAGGCAACAAACCACGGCCGGUCAUCGGAAAGCUUGUCGGAGGGUGGGGAUCCGGUGAAAGAUUCGGGUUUGCGGAUGCUCCGGCUACUAGCCCAAGAAGUCCUUUAGACGUCAAGAUCCAAUCCCCAAGAGUCCUCAAGAAUAUUUACGAUCUUGGUGGGGUUGGACUUGGUAUUGUGGCUGCCCUCGAGAAAUCUGCAGGCGACCCCGGGUCGGAUACUCGGGCCAGUAAGCCUGUUUUUGUCCGGAAUUUGAGCCGGAAUUCCAACCCGAUUCCGGUUAAAUUACCACCUAACGAUAGUGAUCGCGGUGGAUGCAGAAGAGAGUUGGAGGAAAUGGAGUUGAUUGAUGAUUUAGAGGAGGAUUAUACUUUCGUGACCUUUCAUGGGCCAAACAAGGACUACGACACUAGAGUUUAUCGUGACAAUGGAGUUGAAAUCGGCAGAAGUGGGGGGUGGCAUGAUAGAAUUGUGAUCGAUAAGAGAAGCGAAAACUGUGGUCAUGUCGCUGCUUUCGACAUAUCGCCGGCGCUAUUCGGAGACGAUACGAGGGCUUGUCCUGGAUCUGAUUUUCUCAGUUCAUGCCACUUGUGCCAGAAGAAGCUCCACGGCAGAGACAUUUACAUGUAUAGGGGAGAGAAAGCAUUUUGCAGCACGGAGUGUAGAUUCAGGCAGAUAGUAACGGAUGAGCGGAAGGAGCAGUGCUGCAGCUCUGAAGCUUCAAGAUCAGCUGCAGCAGAUGUUUCAAACUCGCCUUACGCCAACGGCCGGAUUUUCACCACCGGGAUUCUUGCAAUCUAGGCUGUUAUUACUCUGUGAUAGCGAUUAUAACUGUGGCGAAGAUACACGUGUAUGCAUUUUACGUAAAAGUUGGAAGCUAUAAUGAUUUCCCUUCGCAAUUUUGCUUGAAGUUUGGGAUGUAAGGGAUGGAAAAAGGAAGAAGACGAUCUCCUAUACUUUCAUUAUAGUUUUCAAUUUUAUCAAGCUGUCAUUUUAGAUAA